UUUGCUCACGAUUUUCUCUCACGACUGCCAGUGAGCCACGACAGAUCGCCGACAUAAGGUAUAAAACAUGCACGUCGCAACCUUCGUCUCCACAGCAAGUCAAGUCACGUUGCGAUGUUGUUCAGAGUUCUUGUCCUCGUUGCCGUCGCCGUGGUCGUUACGGCCCCUGCUGAAGCCUUCAAGUCCAAAAAGUGCUCCGAAGUACCGGGUUGUCUCAACGAGUAUCAAUGGAAACACAAGGACACCCCAGCGCGAACGAAACUCUACUGCGCCAAAAGGUACCCGAGCUGCCAGAACGUGGACGGGCGUGACUUGAAGGAGUACUGCAAGGUCGCCUCGGCGCAGUGCAUUCUGUUCGUCUACGAUUACCUCGGCAUGACGACCAAGGCCAAGGCGGACGCGACAACCUACUGCAAGAAGAGGCUUCCCCGGUGUUAGCACCGAUAACUCCCUACUGUCUUAACAGUGCAGUGUAAUAAAUCAAUUUGCGCACCACUUGA